AUGAUUGAUUCACCAGAUUUAUGCAUUUGCAUAAUUCAAUCGUCACCAUUAAUUGAUGAUGUUGAUUACGAAGAAUUCAUCCCUUCCUCGCUAAACGAUUUACUAACCCCAGAUGAACGUAAACGAAGACGUAGUAGACAGGAAGAAACUUUGGAAAUAAUUAGUUCUAGAAGAUUGUUCUCGAAUUCUUCUUCUUUACAUCCUUCUGACGUUCAAUAUGCUUACAACUCUCAUCACGCAGUGGACCCAUCACAUAUUCAUCAUUCAACUGUACGUGCUUUACCAUACGGCUUUGUUGAUGGUCCAGCUUCUUCUAAUUAUUCUUCUGCUUCGAUAACUCAUGAUGAUAUUCAACUCCUUUAA